AAGAAGCGCUGAAACUCAGCUAGACCGCCUCCUCAACCACAAUAUACACCAGUUUCGAGCGAUUAUCUAGACGCCCAAGAUGUCGAAGAUCGCGGUUUCCCAAGUGCGCACGCAGCUCAAUGACCUGCUCAAGGGGUCUCAAGAGAAGAAGAGGAACUUCUAUGAGACCGUCGAGCUCCAAAUCGGAUUGAAGAACUACGACCCUCAACGUGACAAGCGUUUCAGUGGCACCAUCAAGCUGCCUCACUUGCCUCGCCCUCGUAUGUCGAUGGUCAUCCUGGCUGAUGCCGCCGAUGUCGAUCGUGCGAAGCUCAUCGAGCUCGACUUCAUGACUGUUGAGGAUUUGAAGAAGCUUAACAAGAACAAGAAGCUCGUGAAGAAGCUCGCCAAGAAGUACAACGCUUUCCUGGCUUCCGAGGCGCUUAUCAAGCAGAUUCCUCGUCUGUUGGGUCCCGGGUUGUCCAAGGCCGGAAAGUUCCCUACUCCUGUCUCUCACGGUGACGAUCUUGAGAAGAAGGUGAUCGAGGUCAAGUCGACCAUCAAGUUCCAGCUCAAGAAGGUUCUCUGCUUGGGUGUUGCCAUUGGCCACAUCCAGAUGAGCGAGGACCAACUGUUGGCCAACGUCAUGCUUGCCAUCAACUUCUUGAUCUCCCUGCUGAAGAAGCAGUGGCAAAACGUCAAGAGCUUGCACGUCAAGACCACCAUGGGUAAGCCCAUCCGCCUCUACUAAGCGGAAUUUUCUUCGCACUUCAUCCCAAAACCAUUGUUUCGGUCACAACAUAGCGUGCGCACGCCUCACCCAGCGACGGACUGUGCUCGUGACGAGCGGCACAUUUACGUCGUGCGGGUAGCUCGAAACAACUCCCUUUACGUCAAAAUGCACGUCAACCCAUUGUACUGGUAUGCCGAAUUCCAUGCUAAGGUAGUGCUCAAACCUGUCUGCUUGUUCAGCGUGAUAGCACCCACUCAUCGGAAUCGUCAGGCCGGAAGCGCAGACAUCUCUCUGGUCAUGGAUGACAUUGUCGGAACU